CCUUUUGUUUCUUUGUAGAGUUUCUUGGAGAAGAGAGUCCAGAUGUAUGUUUGAAUUCAUUCACAUUCUUUGCAGAAACCAGAAAAGAGUAUGAAAGGCCCUCCAUCCUUUUGCCUCUGGCUUGUCUUUCUCUUCCAUGGCUCUUCCUUGGCUUCUUAUGAUGGGCCUCAAUACGAUUUUUCUGCUUACACAAAGUGUGAACAGUACCCAGCAAAACCGCUUUACGACGGAGGAGUCCUCAAAGAUGAGGCUGCAGCUGUCCAGCCCAUUCUUAACAACAAUGGAAGCACAGUUUAUUGGCCUGCUUUUGUCUUGCCAAAUCUCACCCUGGACACCAUUUACUCCUUCUCCAGCUGGAUCAAGAUCAACGCUGCCAAUUCAGCUCUUGUAAGCGCGAGCCUAAUGACAGAAGAUACAAAAUACAAUUGCAUAGGGACGGUCAUAGCCAAGCGUGGUUGCUGGUCUUUUCUCAAGGGUGGAUUCGCAUUAACUUCAUCAUCCAGCUUGUCCCUGCUAUACUUGCAGAAUUCAGAUAAUGAAGACAUCGAUAUAGAAGUUGCUAGUGCUUCGUUGCAGCCUUUUACAAAGGAGCAAUGGAGUUGGAACCAGUGGCUUAAAAUUAAAAAAGAAAGGAAGCGUGCUGUGACAAUUCAUGUGUCGGAUGGACAUGGAGACAGGUUGCAAGGAGCAAGAAUUACGGUUGAGCAAAUUUCGAAAGAUUUCCCAUUUGGAUCUGCUAUAGCAAAGACUAUUAUUGGAAAUGUUCCCUAUCAGAAUUGGUUUGUUGAGCGAUUCAACGCAGCAGUUUUUGAAGAUGAACUCAAGUGGUACUCGACAGAGCCUAAUCCGGGGCAACUCAACUACACAUUAGCAGACCAGAUGUUGGAAUUUGUUCGAGCAAACCAAAUUAUCGCCAGAGGGCACAAUAUCUUCUGGGAAGACCCAAAGUACACACCAGAAUGGGUUCGCAACCUGACAGGUUCGGAGCUGAAAUCAGCUGUGAGCUCACGCAUACAAAGCCUGAUGAGCAAAUACAAGGAGGAAUUCAUUCACUGGGAUGUCAGCAACGAAAUGCUUCAUUUCGAUUUCUAUGAGCAUAGACUCGGACCCAAUGCCACGUUGAAUUUUUUUAAGACAGCACAUGAAUCAGACCCAUUAGCGACUCUGUUCAUGAAUGAAUUUAAUGUGGUGGAGACUUGUGAUGAUGAGAAAUCAACUGUGGAUGCAUACAUUUCAAAGAUGAGAGAGCUCAAGCAAGGUGGGGUGACUAUGGAUGGAAUUGGAUUGGAGGGUCAUUUUACCGUGCCAAACCUUCCUCUAAUGAGAGCUAUUCUUGACAAGCUGGGUACACUAGGGCUUCCCAUUUGGCUUACAGAGGUUGAUAUUAGCAGCAAAAUUGAUCGUGAAACACAGGCUAUUUACCUAGAAGAAGUACUGAGAGAAGGUUUCUCACAUCCUUCUGUAAAUGGGAUUGUGCUAUGGACAGCCCUGCAUCCAAAUGGGUGUUACCAAAUGUGCCUUACGGACAAUGAAUUUCAUAAUCUUCCAGCCGGGAACGUGGUUGACAAGCUCCUGAUUGAAUGGCAAACUAGGAUCGAACUUGGUCAGACAGAUGCACAAGGCGCAUACAGCUUCUACGGAUUCCUAGGUGAAUAUAAAGUGACUGUAACUUACAGCAACAGAACUGCAAAUUCAACUUUCUCACUAAGCGGAGGCGAUGAGACUCGACAUUUUAGCAUUCAACUUUAGUACUAUGUCUUUAUCAGUUGGCAGAAUUAUACCAAAAAUUGAAUUGAUACAUCACUUGUGGUACAAAGAGUGUACUGCAUUAUAUACUUGAAUGAUAUGUCAUGCAUAUUGUAGAUUAGUUCUGGAAUCUGAGCCGAAAAGUCAGGGAAUCUCUGUAAACAAGAUUGGUACAACUCUUCUAUAA